AUGGUAAAACUACCACCAACGCCAAAAUACCACCCUCCCACCCCUCUCCACCCUCCCACCCCUCUCCACCAUCCCACCCCUCUUCACCAUCCCACCCCUCUCCACCUUCCCACCCCUCUUCACCAUCCCACCCCUCGUCACCCUCCCACCCCUCUUCACCCUCCCACCCCUCUUCACCCUCCCACCCCUCUUCACCCUCCCACCCCUCUUCACCCUCCCACCCCUCUUCACCCUCCCACCCCUCUUCACCCUCCCACCCCUCUCCACCUUCCCGCCCCUCUUCACCCUCCCAAACCGCUCGCCAUCUCAUAUUUCCCACUCCACUCCUCAUCCUGUCACCCUCUGCGCACCACUGUGCUGCACACCGUCACUGUUGGAUCAACCACCACCCCUUUUGUUCUCCGUCCCUCCUCGCCCCACCCACUCGAUCUCCUCAUGCCUCUCUGUUUCCCCCCUCCAGGCCACGAGCAACACGGUGCUACACAGCAACAAUUUCUGCCACAACUCCUUCGCUCUCCUUCGCCACUCAUCCGACUUUCUCUCAUCCUCCCCCUUCUCCCCUCCUCCCCCUGCUCCCCCCCCCCAGGCCACGGGCAACACAGUGCUGCCACAGGCAACACGGUGCUGUACAGCGGCAACCUCUACCACAACCCGGCCUUCGACUGGUCGCCUGCCAUGUCCGCCCUCGUCAUUCACGCCGGCAAGCUGGAUGAGGCGAGCCUCGCUCUAUCCAUGGAGCCAAUCACGCGAGCCUACGUCUUCCCGCACCUGACAAAAGUCCUGAAGCAGACCCCCUGGGCGCCGCUCCCCAAGGCGCCCACACGCUACGCCCCCCAGCGCGUGUGGUGGGCGUACCUGUGUCACUGCAUGGUCGUGCUCGUGUGGGACAUUCUCUUCUUCCUCCCUGCUGCCGUCUUGUCUCUCUUCUCGCACCUGAUCGCGCCGGUGGUGACUGGGUGGAUUCAGCAGGCGGUGGUGGCGGUCAGCUUUGGGCUGUCUCCGGGGGAUUUGAGCUACGCAUACGUGUAUGUGGACGAGAAUCUCGACAUGGAGCUGGCCACGCAGCAAGUGGAUCAUUGGAAUGUGCAGAAACUCCUGGCAGAGGCGAAGACCAAGCCAUUCAGGGGAGAGCUCAUGCCCGGCUAUGAGCUAUUGCUGAUUAUCACCCUCCCUAUCUCACUCCUGGCCUUCACCCUAUCACACCCCUCCAUCUCCCAGAAACUCCUGGCGGACGCCAAGACCAAGUCUCUCAAGGGCGAGCUCAUGCCCGGCUACGAGGAUGACACCGUGGAACAGCCCGAUUGGCUCGAGCCACUCCCCUCUCUCCCUCUUUCUUCCCUCAUCCUCUGGCUUCCCUCCUUUCCCCACUCAUCCCCCUUUCUCACCCCCUAUCCCUCACCACCCGCACCUUCUCCCGUUCAGAAAAUGCUGGCAGAGGCGAAAACCAAGUGGCUCAAGGCCGAGCUCAUGCCCGGCUAUGACCCACCACUCAUGAUCGACCCCUCUCCCCACCUUCGCCCAUCAACCUCUUUCCCAUCCCUUAUCCGACCUACGCCCCCCCCCCCCCCCCCCCCUCAGAAAUUGCUGGCAGAGGCGAAGACCAAGUCACUCAAGGGAGAGCUCAUGCCCGGCUACGAGGAUGACACCGUGGAGCAACCCGAGUGGCUUAAGCCAAAACUCCUGGCAGAGGCGAAGACCAAGUCGCUAAAGGGAGAGCUCAUGCCCGGCUACGAGGACGACACCGUGGAGCAACCCGAUUGGCUGGAGCCGUCCCCUGCGGCCCAUCGCCGUGACCGCACGCCCGGUUGUGAGGGCAGCAGCAGCACUGCCCCUGCGCAGCAGCCCGAGUGGCUCAAGCUACCCCCCGCUGCCGCUGUGCAACCCCCCUCGUGCGAGGAGGGUGAUGGAAGUGGGGAGGGUGGCGGAAACGAGGGGGCUGCUGCGCUGAGGAAGAGCACGCACAGCGUGUUCCGGAGGCGACGGGGGGCGCGAGGGCUGCUGCUGAGGCAGACAGGCAAUGCGCGGAGCAAGGAGGGCGGCAAGGGGGGCCGGCUUGGGUGCCUGGCAGGCGGGACAGAAACGGGUGAGCGAGAAGGGGAUGGGGACGGGGAGAGUGACAGUGCAGCUGAGAUAGUUUCAUCUGGACCUGGUCCUGUUUCAUCCGGUGCUCCAUCUGGUGCUGCUCCCACUCCAUCUGGCGCUGCUCCCACUCCUGCUGGCGCCAGUACAAGCACUGCCAGGGACCAGCGUGAGAAGCUCGCCUUCGAGUUCCUCUGGGACGACCGGGAGCUCUCCAAACUAGCAGAGCAGUCUCCGACGUUCCAGCGGCUCAAGUCCCAGCUGCCCACCAUGGGUCGCAACCCCCGGCUCAGCGACCGGGAGUUUGAGCGGCAGUUGCAGCAGCUGUGUGUGAUGUUCGAGGAGCGUGUGGGGGAGAUUACAGGGCGCUGUGAUUUGAAUCACGGGGCGUAUUUCCGGGAUCCGAGGAUUCUGAGAGUGGUCGCGCAUUUUAUUGAGAAGCGGGAGCUUCCGGAGUGGUCUAAGAAUGUGGAUGGGGAUAUAUGGCGGUGGAAUGAGCAUUUGAAUGAGGUUCACUCGCUGCAGCUGCUGCAGAUGUCGCAGAGUGGCCGGGGAGGAUUGGGAGGUGAUGGAGGGGUGGAAGGCAGUGGGGCGUCUAUUUGUCCAGAGUGUAAAGGUGCUUCUGCUAGGCUGAAAACGCUCUUUAGGAGUAUGCGGGGGGGGAGUCAGAGGGAAGGGGGCCAGAGGGAGGGCGGAGGGCACGGGUUUUUGAGCGGCCAUGCAGUGCACUUUCCACACAUGCCUGAUUUUGCCAAUGGCGCCCGGAGCUUGCAUCUACCGCACAUGCCUGACUUGGCCAGUGGGGCACGGAGCUUGCAUCUUCCACACAUGCCUGAUUUUGCCAGCUUUGGGCAUCACAAGAGCAAGGCAGUGGGAUUUGGCGCUCCUUCUGCUGCUGGUGGCGGCACUGCUGCUGCUGCUGUUGCUGCUGCUGAUGCUGCUGCUGCUGCUGCUGAUGCUGCUGCUUCUGCUGCUUCUGCUGCUGGUGGAGUUUCACCUACUCCUGACAGCCACACGGAGAGGGCGGGCAGCAGUGGGCAGCAGGCACGGCGGCUGAUGAUGCAGCGAUCGAUGGCGGUCUCCCAUAUGUGA